AUUUUCAUGCACACGACACCUUUUGCUUCUCUUCCAUUUAACACAUAACUGGCAUGUCAAUCCAAACACGUCUCUCUCUCCUAACUUCAAAGCUUCCUCUCCAAUGCUUUUUUAAACAGUUCCAAACUUUGCAGCCUUAGAUCAGAAGAACAAACAAAGAAAGAAAAUUAACAAAAAAGAACUAGGAGUUAUAGAGAUUGCAAAAGAGUUCAUUUUUAGUGCUUUCUCAUGACAAGUAUAAAAAAUAUUUACUAUAUAAUAUGUGCCUGAAUAACACAGCAUAUAAUAUAUAGUAAAUGGCAGAGCUUCUACUAAUCACAUGUCUUUCACUACUUUUUCUUAUUCAUCAACAAAAUUAACAAAAAGAGGAAUAACCCUCUUUAGUUUUUACUUUUUGUUUACUCUUUUUGUAUCAAGUACACAAAUAUUCCCCGAAGCCUUGCCUUUUUUUCUGUUAUAGAACAGAUAAAAUAUCUUCAAAUACGAACCUGCAUAAAUGAUAAGAUCAAAGUGGUUUAGUCUCUAGCUGUUUUGGUUAAUUUUAGUUUUUGAGAUCAAACAAGAAGCUAGAAAGAGAGUACUUAUGCUGCUAAGGAACAGAUCAAGAGCAGUGACGAAGCCAAAUUUAAUGGCUGAUCACAGUUCUCAACAAUCUUCCAAUAAUCAAAAUUGUACCAAAAAAACAAUCCCUUCUUUAUUUGGUUCACCAAAAUUCAAAGAUUUCACCAACAACAACAACAACAAUAGUACUCUUUUUGGAACUGACCAUGUUUUAAAAAGCCCAACUUCAAUUCUUGACACUAGAUUGUUAUCACCCUAUGGCUUUAAAAAUCCAUUCUUUCAUGACAAAAACACAACACAAAUUAUUCCCAACAAAACCUCUUGGGACAAAAAAGAUUCAAGAGGCAUUGGUGUUGCUCUUUUUGAGAAUUCUUUUGAACCAAACAAAGGAAAUGUCCUGUUUGGAACACAACUUAAGGUUAAAAUCCCAUUUGAGUGUCAACCAUGUAGUGGUGGUGAUUAUUUUGGGACCAAAACUAAGGAUUCUCCAAACAUAGGACUUAUUAUGUCUUUGAGUGAGAUGGAACUUAGUGAGGAAUAUACAUGUGUCAUAUCACAUGGUGCUAAUCCAAGAACAACUCAUAUAUUCAAUAAUUACAUUGUGGAGGAGAAUUACUGUUCAUUGCCACAAAACUCUAAUUCUGUUUAUGAGAAUUUCCUUAGAGUAUGUUACACUUGCAAGAAACAUCUUGAGCAAACAAAGGAUAUCUUUAUUUAUAGAGGAGAGAAAGCUUUCUGCAGUAGAGAAUGCAGGCACAGAGAAAUGGUGUUAGAUGGUGUAGAAGGUUUAGAAUUUCAAAGUACUAAUUAAUGGUUAUUCUUGAAUAUGCAUUUUGAAGAUGAUAAUUAACAAGGAAAGCAUAAAUUCAAAAUAUGUUUUUAACCUGUAGUUUUACACCUUACAAACUACAAUUUAAAACUACCUUAGAAUAAAGUUUUCUAUUCUUCAUGAUGAUAUCAUCACUAGGUAGUAUAUUUGAUUGUAAUGAGUAUGGUAUUUUUUAUUUCCCCUUCUUUUUUGAAGGUUUUUUGUUUUGUUUUAUUAUUUUAGUUUUUUUGCCUCUCCACUGGAAAUAAAGAUAAGAGAGGGUGUUGAGUUAGUUCGAAGUGAUGACUAAUUUGAUUGCUUUUGGUUUUUCUCCCAUUGUUUUAGGAUGAAGCAGAAGAUGAUGUGUGAUUGAAUACAGUUUUUAUUUUAUUUAUUUAUUUUUCUCUUUUUGGUAUAAAUUUUAUUUUUCUU